AUGUCUAAGAGGCUCUGCCUCCAAGCCUCACCCCCACCCACGCUGGGAGGCAUCGGCAUCACCGACCCGGCAUCAGCGACCCGGCAGCAGCGGAGUGCAACUGUGCCUACUUGGCGCCAACGGUGGAGUGCAACGUCACCUACUACCUACGACGACCCUGGCCUACCUUCGCCUACCUGGCGUCAACGGCCACUACCUGCAGCACUCCCCACCUGCAGACCCAAAGUUGAUAUUCCUAGUCGUUUCUACCUGCACCCCUCCCCACCUGCAGCCCUCCCCACCUGCACCCCUCCCCACCUGCAGCCCUCCCCACCUGCACCCCUCCCCACCUGCAGCCCUCCCCACCUGCACCCCUCCCCACCUGCAGCCCUCCCCACCUGCAGCCCUCCCCACCUGCAGCCCUCCCCACCUGCAGCCCUCCCCACCUGCAGCCCUCCCCACCUGCAGCCCUCCCCACCUGCAGCCCUCCCCACCUGCAGCCCUCCCCACCUGCACCCCUCCCCACCUGCACCCCUCCCCACCUGCAGCCCUCCCCACCUGCAUCCCUCCCCACCUGCAGCCCUCCCCACCUGCAGCCCUCCCCACCUGCAGCCAUCCCCACCUGCAGCCCUCCCCACCUGCAGCCCUCCCCACCUGCAGCCCUCCCCACCUGCAGCCCUCCCCACCUGCAGCCCUCCCCACCUGCAGCCCUCCCCACCUGCAGCCCUCCCCACCUGCAGCCCUCCCCACCUGCAGCCCUCCCCACCUGCAGCCCUCCCCACCUGCAGCCCUCCCCACCUGCAGCCCUCCCCACCUGCAGCCCUCCCCACCUGCACCCCUCCCCACCUGCAGCCCUCCCCACCUGCAGCCCUCCCCACCUGCAGCCCUCCCCACCUGCAGCCCUCCCCACCUGCAGCCCUCCCCACCUGCAGCCCUCCCCACCUGCAGCCCUCCCCACCUGCAGCCCUCCCCACCUGCAGCCCUCCCCACGUGCAGCCCUCCCCACCUGCAGCCCUCCCCACCUGCAGCCCUCCCCACCUGCAGCCCUCCCCACCUGCAGCCCUCCCCACCUGCAGCCCUCCCCACCUGCAGCCCUCCCCACCUGCAGCCCUCCCCACCUGCAGCCCUCCCCACCUGCAGCCCUCCCCACCUGCAGCCCUCCCCACCUGCAGCCCUCCCCACCUGCAGCCCUCCCCACCUGCAGCCCUCCCCACCUGCAGCCCUCCCCACCUGCAGCCCUCCCCACCUGCAGCCCUCCCCACCUGCACCCCUCCCCACCUGCACCCCUCCCCACCUGCAGCCCUCCCCACCUGCAUCCCUCCCCACCUGCAGCCCUCCCCACCUGCAGCCCUCCCCACCUGCAGCCAUCCCCACCUGCAGCCCUCCCCACCUGCAGCCCUCCCCACCUGCAGCCCUCCCCACCUGCAGCCCUCCCCACCUGCAGCCCUCCCCACCUGCAGCCCUCCCCACCUGCAGCCCUCCCCACCUGCAGCCCUCCCCACCUGCAGCCCUCCCCACCUGCAGCCCUCCCCACCUGCAGCCCUCCCCACCUGCAGCCCUCCCCACCUGCAGCCCUCCCCACCUGCAGCCCUCCCCACCUGCAGCCCUCCCCACCUGCAGCCCUCCCCACCUGCAGCCCUCCCCACCUGCAGCCCUCCCCACCUGCAGCCCUCCCCACCUGCAGCCCUCCCCACCUGCAGCCCUCCCCACCUGCAGCCCUCCCCACCUGCAGCCCUCCCCACCUGCAGCCCUCCCCACGUGCAGCCCUCCCCACCUGCAGCCCUCCCCACCUGCAGCCCUCCCCACCUGCAGCCCUCCCCACCUGCAGCCCUCCCCACCUGCAGCCCUCCCCACCUGCAGCCCUCCCCACCUGCAGCCCUCCCCACCUGCAGCCCUCCCCACCUGCAGCCCUCCCCACCUGCAGCCCUCCCCACCUGCAGCCCUCCCCACCUGCAGCCCUCCCCACCUGCAGCCCUCCCCACCUGCAGCCCUCCCCACCUGCAGCCCUCCCCACCUGCAGCCCUCCCCACCUGCACCCCUCCCCACCUGCACCCCUCCCCACCUGCAGCCCUCCCCACCUGCAUCCCUCCCCACCUGCAGCCCUCCCCACCUGCAGCCCUCCCCACCUGCAGCCAUCCCCACCUGCAGCCCUCCCCACCUGCAGCCCUCCCCACCUGCAGCCCUCCCCACCUGCAGCCCUCCCCACCUGCAGCCCUCCCCACCUGCAGCCCUCCCCACCUGCAGCCCUCCCCACCUGCAGCCCUCCCCACCUGCAGCCCUCCCCACCUGCAGCCCUCCCCACCUGCAGCCCUCCCCACCUGCAGCCCUCCCCACCUGCAGCCCUCCCCACCUGCAGCCCUCCCCACCUGCAGCCCUCCCCACCUGCAGCCCUCCCCACCUGCAGCCCUCCCCACCUGCAGCCCUCCCCACCUGCAUCCCUCCCCACCUGCACCCCUCCCCACCUGCAGCCCUCCCCACCUGCAGCCCUCCCCACCUGCAGCCCUCCUCACGCAGCUCGGAGACGCCCUCCACCCCUUAUGA